AUGAAUCAUGGGCUGUCAUUGGAGCGUCUGCGAGCUCUAGGUGGUAGGGAAUUUAGUGGUUUUAGAGGAAUUGAUCCCACUAAAGCUGAAUAUUGGCUUGAUGGUGUUGAGGAAAUCCUUGAGAAAACAACAUAUACUAACCAAGAGAAGUUAGGAAGCACUGUGUCUUUACUCAUUGGCGAAACCCACCACUGGUGGAACAUCAUGAAGCAAGGAACUGUUGUGGACCGAUUGACAUGGGAGCUUUUCUUGGAAACGUUCAAGAAAAAUUUCAUGGUGAUUAACGAUAAUGUGAACUUCGACAAGCUAGUGGGCAAGGCCAAAGCUAUUGAGGAGAUUAAGGCUCUGCAAACUGAAGUUGGAGCUAGAAAACAAAUAAGCUACCUGGGUAAUUCACCUGUUUCUAUCACACCAUAUCCCAUGGCACCCAAAGAGCUUAAGGACGUAAAGAUACAAAUUCAAGAGCUACUAGAUAAAGGUUUCAUACGACCAAGUAUUUCAAAUUGGGGUUCGCCAGUGUUGUUUGUGAAGAAGAAAGAUGAACCAGGAAAGGAGUUCGUAGUUUACAGUGAUGCCUCUGACACAAGGUUAGGAUGCAUGCUAAUGCAAGAAGGGAAGGUGGUAGCUUAUGCUUCCAGGCAGCCGAAGGUUCAUGAGCAUAACUACCCAAUGCACAAGUUGGACUUAGCAGUGAUGAAGGAGUUAAAUUUACGACAAAGGAGGUGGAUAGAGCUACUAAAGGAUUAUGAUUGUGAGAUAGAGUAUCACCCUAGAAAGGAAAAUCUGGUAGCAAAUGCACUGAAUAGGAAGCCAAUGAGUGAGUUACGAGCUCUAUUCACGCCACUAAGUGCAACUAGUGAUGAGGGAUUGCUUACGGAACUGAAAGUAAGGCCAACGUUGUCACAAUAG